AUGGCAUAUGAUGACAUGUAUGAAGAACUACAUACAAAAGAAGGGCAAUGUAAAAUAUACAGAUUAGUCAAACAGCGAGAAAGGAAUUCUAGGAAUAUAAACGGAGCUCCAAAAGUAAUCAAAAAUAAAGAUGGGAAAUUGAUAAUAAAGGAAAAAGAAAUAAUGAAUAGAUGGGAAAUAUUUUCAAGAGCUUCUCAACUUAAUCCCCACAUACUAUAUUUAGAUGAACACUCCCCAUGUCAAAACCUUAUACCAUCAAUAACAGAACAAGAGUUAAUCAUAUGCCUCAAGCAUAUGAAAAAUAACAAAGAUAGGAGUCCAGAUGAUAUUCCAAUAGAAAGCCUUAAAGCACUAGGAGAUGAUGGAAUACAUCUCCUCACGAAUCUAGACAUAAUCGAAAUAGGAGAGACUCAGUUUAGCUUUAUUCCUGGAAGAUCAACAACUGAUGCUAUCUACGCAAUUUGGAAAGUAAGUGAAAAAUACAGGGAAAAGAACAAAAAGCUACACAUGGUCUUUCUCGAUCUAGAAAAUGCCUUUGAUAGAAUUACAAGAAAACUUAUCUGGUGGGCGCUAUGCCACAAAAGGGUUCCCGAAAAAUAUAUAAGAAUAAUACAGGAUAUGUAUAUGGGCCAUACAACAAUGGUCCGUAGCACAACAGAUAUUAAAUCUAGUGAUCUGCAUCUGGCCUAA